AUGGAAGGAGGCCUUGCAUCAGAAGCAUUGUUGCCAGAAAAUUCUAGGAACAGGAAAAGUUCUAGGGGGAUUUACAUCACUGACAAAUCUUUGUGCACAGAUGAUCAAGAUCAGAUUACUCUGAUGCAUCUACCACCAGCUAAUGGCCAGACAGAUCCUAUCACUGUCAUGGAGCUGAGCCCUGCCACAUAUGCCUGCCCCAAGGGACUUCAUGUAGUGCAUUUGACUUGUCAAGGUUGUAAUUCAGCUGAAGAAGACCUAAAGCCAGCUGAAGAUCUCCUCUUCAAGCACGUUGAACAAGUAGAACCAGAGCCUACAGAUACCAGGCCCAGAGUGCUGUGGUCACUCCACCUCAACCAGAUGGACAAUACUGGAUGUGAUUUGAAUGAGAAAACCCCAGAGAAUGUGGUGCUGGUGGCUGGACCUGGGGCAACACUGGAUUUUGAGCAUUCCAUUCUAGAGGCAAGACAAGUCUUUGAAAAAAUAUGCCCAGGGGAAGAGUUUCUCCCUAAAGCCCCCAACCCUGAAGACAUAAUAUUUGAUGAUGGUCAGGAGGCAGCCAAUGGGGACAGUGGCUUUGAAGCAGAUGUGAAUGAUGAAGGUGCUGACCAAGAAGAAGGUCACUCUCAGGACACGGACAGUGAGGUGGACGCUGGGGUGGCUGAAGAAGGGUCAGAAUGGUCUUAGUUAAUGUAGCAAGUGGUCACCAGUGGAAUUAACUUAAGAGUUUAUUCAGCCAUUAAUAUACAAAUUAAAAAUGCACAUAUAAUGGAAAUUGGAUUGCUCUUUGGGUAAAAUGUUUGAAAUUUCAAGGUUACAACAUGCUUGCUAAAAUUCUAAUUUUUUUUUUGUUGUUAAAAUGAGAAAGAGCAGAUGGAUAAAACUCUUUAAAAAUCUUUUGGGUUUCUUAAAGGUUAAAAGUUUACAGUUCUAAUUUGUGAUAGUGGAUGUUUGUAGAGGAUCCUGGUGUGGAGCCUUUUGAAAUCUAAUGUUUUAUCAGUCUAGUCUGGACUUACUUAUCAGUCAUGUGGUUCCUUGUUAUGUAAUGAAUUCUGGCAAAGCUCGAAUGAAAAAAAAA